AUGUCUCGUCCUGCUUGUGAAGAUGUACUGACAAUGUGUUCCCACUUCGAGGGCAGAUCCUCAGAAGAUAUUUUGGACUUCCUUGGAAUGUCUACCGCUGUGGAACAGAGUCAAGCCCCAGCUCCUGGAAGUGAUGAAGAAGGAAUAAAUGAGACUGAGUUAUCCGAUUUCUGUGAAGUGAUGGAGACCACAAAGCAGAGCUUGGCCGCGGUGCGCAAGACGAUCAAAGCUCUACGCGAGAAGCAGAGCACGACAUCAGAUCUCGAUACCAAGGAUGGUAUAUCUCUGCUGUCGUUGAAGCAUCAUCUCCUGCUGUCAUACCUGCAAUCAUUGGUGCUCAUGAUCUCCCGCCGUGCCCUGGGUCACUCUCUGACCGAGCGAACCCCUCCACUUUCCACAUUCAGUGCCCCAGAUCGCGCUGCACGGGGUACCGGUUUGGGCGACAGGGUCGACUCGAUGGUUGAAGCCCGUGUGGUGCUCGAGAAGAUCAAGGUGCUCGAGGGCCGGAUGCAGUACCAGAUCGAGAAGUUGGUGCGAGUCGCGGAAGAACCGUCUUCCGCAAGUAAAAAUGUCGUGAACGACCCAUUGGCGUUCCGACCCAAUCCCGAGGCUCUCAUGGAUCAGGAGGCCAACUCUGAGGGUGAAGGUGAGGCGCAUGAUGGACAGGACAGAGCCGACGUGUAUCGUCCUCCUAAACUCGCGCCGGUGCCAUACACCGAGUCACGGAAAGACAAAGACAAGGACAAGUCGCGUCGUGCGCCAAUCCCGACUGCAUUGUCCACCCUUGCGCAUUUGGAUCCAUCAAAACCCUAUGUCGAAUCCACGUCAGGUCUCGGCUCCACCCCUGCAUUGAUGUCGCAGCGGGCGCGCGAGUUGCAGCGCAUGACCGAGUUCGAGGAGGAGAACAUGAUCAGGUUGGUGAUGAAGAAGAAGGAGGCGAAGCGGCGCAAGCAGGACGAGGCGGAUAUCGCCUUGGGCUUGGGUGCCGCGUCAGGCAGACGGGGCCGCAGCGGCGGCGGAUUGGAGGACGAGUUCGGCGAUAUCUUACGGUCGGCGGGCCGGAACCGCGGCGGAAAUGUUGGAGAUGGAUAUGAGGAGCUGAGGCAGAGGAGUCACAAGGAAAGCGUACUCGCUAGGUCGAGAGUCCGGAGUCGGGAUGAUACGUCUGAUGACCUGGGGAAUGACGGUCCGAAGCAGAGGAAGAAAAGCAGGUUUGAAAGAGAAGUCAAGGCAGCGAAAAAGAGAUCAAUCACCCGGCGUAGAUGA